AUGUUGAGAGUCAAUUUGUCACCCAAACAGCACCUACUGUUGAUAGUGAACAUUUUACCAGAAACACAGGAAGCAGAUGUUAAUAUUGAUGUUGAAGGAUUUUAUGCUUUGCUUCACCAAUCCAAACAAGAUGCAAAGGAUGUGCCUUUUGUGAGUGAACAUGUACCAGAAACACAAGAGGAAAAUGAUGAAAACAAAGAAGAGAGUGAUUAUGAAGAUGGAGUUGAAGAAUCACAGGAGGGCAAUCAUGAAGAUGGAGCUGAGGAUGAUGAAGAGGGAGUUGAUGAUACUCAAUUUAGGGUUAGAGCUCAAGUCAGGGUUAGAACAAGAAAACCUUCUAAAAGGAUCAUUGAAAACAUGUUGAAGAAAAUUGUGGUUGAAAAGAAAGGAAUAAGAAUGGCUCCAUAG